AUGGAUUCAUUCAGCACAGCUAGCACUUAUUUGGGAUUUGAUCUUCUCAACAAGCCGAGGAAAAGAACUGAUGGCAACAUCCUCUUCUCGCCUGUGGGCAUCUCCACUACCAUCGGCAUGAUCCUCAUGGGAAGCCGAGGAAUCACUGCCUCCCAGUUACAGGAGGUAUUUUGCUCUGAGGAAGACACAGAGAGCUCAGGAAUAAAAGCUGAAGAAGAAAUUGAAAAGACAGAGGAGAUUAAUCACCUGUUCCAAAAGUUUUUGACUGGAAUAAGCAAACUCACUGAUGAUUAUGGACUGAACAUAACCAACAGGCUGUUUGCAGAGAAAACAUAUCUCUUCCUUCAAAAAUACUUAGAUUAUGUUGAAAAGUAUUACCAUGCAUCUCUGGAACCUGUUGAUUUUAUGAAUGCAGCAGAUGAAAGUCGAAAUAAGAUUAAUUCCUGGGUUGAAAGCCAAACACAAGAAAGUACCAAGGACCUGUUUCCAGAUGGUUCUCUUAGCAGCUUGACCAAGUUGGUGCUGAUGAACACAAUUUAUUUUAAAGGGCAGUGGGAUAGGAAGUUUAAGAAAGAAAAUACCAAGGAGGAGGCAUUUUGGCUGAAUAAGAGUACAAGUAGAUCCGUGCUGAUGAUGACACUGAAGCAUUCCUUUAGCUUCACUUUCCUGGAGGACUUGCAGGCAAAAAUUGUGGGGAUUCCAUAUAAAAACAACGACCUAAGCUUGUUUGUGCUUCUUCCCAAUGACAUAGAUGGCCUGGAGGAGAUUAUAGAUAAAAUAAGUCCUGAGCAGUUAGUGGAGUGGACUAGUCCAGGGCAUAUGGAAAAAAGGAGCGUUCAUCUCCAUGUGCCCCGGCUGGAAGUGGAGGACAGUUACUUCCUUGAGGACGUCCUGGCAGACAUGGCGAUGGGCAACAACUUUGGGGAGUGCCAGGCCAACUGUUUGGAAAUGUCCCCACGCUCCAGCUUGCAAGCCCAGAAGAUCCUGCACAGAUGCUGCAUAGCGCUCACCGAGGAAGGCACCGAGGCUGCAGCUGCCACUGGCAUCGACUUCAAUGACGCAUCAGCCCCGGGUGAUGAAAACCCACGUGAUGAAAACGUUUGUUGUGAUCAUCCAUUCCUGUUCUUCAUCAGGCACAAUGAGUCCAAAAACGUUCUAUUUUUUGGCAGAUUUUCUUCUCCUUAA